GGGAGCGAACCCCCCUGGCCCAGACCCACAAGACGGCGACAUACUGACCGCGACCACCGCGACCAAGGUCAUCUUCAGCAUCUAUAGAACCGUGACAAGCUUCAGGUGGCGUCAUUAUUGUCAGUUGGUAACGUCGCCAAUUACCGGUGUCACUUGUCAGGUUGUUCUAUAUACUCUGGGUGGCAGUGUCACAGCGAAGACAGAACAGUUCGGUGACCUCCCUCGUCCUGCUGGAGUCGAAUGAGCGAGCUUUCUGACGCCGAGGCCAGCGUCAAUGGACUCGUGCAAGAGUACCUGGAGACGGCCGGUCUGGACCAGUCAGCGGCCACCUUCUCCGGCGAGUGCCGCCGGCUCGGCCGACCGGUCCAGCCGCCCCCGCCGGCCUCCUCCGAUACAGACUCCGGCUCACAGGAGCAGAGCCUGGCCCUGUUCGACCGCGGACGAAGAUCGGCCUUCUUCCAGAUGUUGGAGUCGGUGACGCCGGCGCCGGUGCUGCAGGGUGUCCAGUACCGGCGGCUAGAGUUCCUCCUCAACGUCUAUUUCGCCGUGUACCCGCUGCGCCGGAGCCGGCAGUCGGGCAGCGCCGCAGGGUACAUGACGGCCUUCAGGGAUUAUUUGGAGAACAAAGGCAAACAGCUGGCCGGCAACGAGGAGCUGCUGCCGUUCUUCGCGCUGCCAUACAUCCCGGACCCCAGCAAGCACCCCUCCUUCAGACAGCUCUUCCAGGAUGAAUGGGCCGAGUCGCUGCGCUCCGAGGUGUCCAGUUUCGUGCACGAGAUGACGAGCGGCGCCGGCUCGCCGUCUCGGCUGGUGCAGCUGUACCUCAGCCGGGACCUGCUGGCUCGUCAGGCGCACCACCUACUGGUGCGCAGCCACGACCGCCUGCUGGAGACGCAGCGGCACUACAAGCGGCUUCGGCGGCGGCACCUGAGACUCCAGGAGGACUACAGGCGUUUGAUCGGUGUGACCGGUGAGCUGACCUCCGCCCUGGAGGUGUCUGUUCGCGAGGGAGGGGUCGACCUGGAGGCCACACUCGGCGCCUGCUGUCAGAUCUUCCCUCAGCUGUUCUCAAAGACCAUACAGCAGCACGCCACGGACCAGAACAAGUCAUCUCCGGAGCUGAUUCUCCGUCAGUCGGUGGCCCGGCACCAGGCGGACAGCGUCCUGCCAGCCGCCGCCCGCUUCCCGCUCGACCUGGCAGCGGUGAGACACCACCUGAGCGAAGACUCCGGCCGCGCCAAGGCACUCCUGCUGCAGGCACUCAGGCGGCGUGUGACGCGCUCCUCGAGUCGUCUGGAGGUGGUCGAGGAGUACGUGGACGGCGACCUGGUGGGCCUGCGCCACGUGGACGACUACACGCGCCACGUGCUGAGCGAGCUGACGCCGCCGGAGCCGCACGUGGUACAGCAGAGCUGGGCGCGACUGCUCAACUGCAUGGCCUCGUUCGGCGCCGGCAGGACCUACCUCUGCGGUCACCAGCCGCUGUUGGACACGCUGCUGAAGGUGCUGCAGUACCAGAAGCUGGACGCCGUGACGCUAGACAUGGUGCUGGCUACACUGCAGAAACUCUCGCUCAGGCGAGCCGCGCAGAGUCGGAUGAUCGAGUGGGGCAUGGUCGAGUGGCUGGUGGGCUUCCUGCAGGACCACGCCGCCAUCGCCCCCUACACCCUCGAGUACGGCUGUGCGCUUCUGAUGAACCUAUGUCUGCGCACGGCUGGCCGACAGAAGUGCGCGCCGCAUGUCAACUCGGUGCUCAAACUGCUCACCGACCUGCUCGGCUCCAGUUACGCGCAGGUGCUUCCCUACGUGAACGGCACCCUGUACAGCCUGCUGGGUCAGCCGGAGAUCCGGGCCCGGGCCACCAAACUCGGACUGGGACAGGUCCUCGAGUACUUCAUGGAACAGGGCUCGACGGACCUGCGUCGCCAGCUGGAGUACAUAAUGCGUCAGUACCGCGGCGAGGGGGUGGACGGUGCUGCCAGUGACUCUGAGGACGGCGAUGAGGACAUUGAGGACACAGAGUUUCUGGAGGAGGACAUUGACGGUGACGAUCCGGUGGUGGCCGAGGCCGGGGAGCUGGACGGAGAGGAGCUGCUGGCGACGCUGGCCCUCGGAUCAGUGACCGGCGGUCAGGUGGCUGCCGUUCCCCGCACGGACCGUGCCCGCUCCGCUCGCCGUGGGAGGCGGCCUCGUCGGUCGGAGCCGAGGGGAGGAGAGGACGGGCAGCGGACUGGGCAGACGGCCGGACAGACUCCCUCAGCCGGGGAGGGAGGGCAGCGGACGGUACCGCUGGCUAGGGAGGCUCCAGCGGCAGCCGAGACAGCACCUGAGGACUCCAGAGGAGCGGUUGGAGGGGAACACAGGACUCCGCGACGGCAGAAGACCCGGUCACAGUCCGAGGGACCCCCACCUGAGCAGGCGUCCCGACAGGCUGAGAAGGAGGGGUCGGAGUCACCCCAGCUUCCGGGCACCUCCCACAGCGACUCAGUGCUCGUCACAGGGCGCGAGGACUCGGUGUCAGCGACGCCAGCCGUUCCCGGCUCGACCCCGGUCACCAAGAGCCACUCGGAUGCAGAGUUGGCCAGACGGCCGGCGGCGGCGACCGAGCGGGACCGGCUGCCGCAGAUCCCCGCCGCUGCCGCCGCUGCCUCCGCCGCUGUCCGGCCGCUGCCGGAGGUCACCCCGCACCGCCGGCGGAAGAACACCAGCGACCGCGGCGCCGUCCAGCGACCGACGAGCAAACCACCGUCUCAGGUGGCCCCGCUGCGACUGCUGGAGCGUAGGCCGACGCUGGACGAAGGAAAACUGACUCGAGCGUUACAUGGUAAGACCGGUAACUCAGGAGAAGCGUCGAGUAGCGACUCCAAGAGCCGUCGGCGGGAGACCGGUCCGGUCAAAUCUCCUCGGACCAGCGACCAGAGCCCUCAGGUGCGGCGUCGGGCGGCUGGCAGUACCUCCAAACCUCCGGAGCCGCAGACUCGCACCUCAGAGUCAGCAGCCUCCGCUCCAAAGGCGCCUCCCGACUCCCACCGACCGGACCAGGAGAACAAGACGUCAACAUCAGCUCCGGCCGCCGUCUCUCGAAAACUGGCGGCGGCAGCGGCGCUGACCUCUGCAGUGACCCCGGCGCUGGCAGUGACCCUCACUGCCGGACCGCUGCCCGCGUCUGAGGGCGGUACCGGUGCGCAGACGGCUCCACCGGCUUCGGCUGCGGGUCAGCAGCCAGUUCAGCCUCCAGCGAAUGGAGAGCACGCUGCAGCCACUGCCGCUGCGCCGGUGUCAACUAGGGAGAGUCAGCCGGCCGGCACCCAGGCGCAGACCACUGCAGGCAGAGCCGCAGCGCCACCCACAGCGCCACCCACAGCGCCACCUGCGCCGGUCCCAGUGGUGCCGCCGGCGAUGACCGACCCGCUCAUCCAGAGACUGCCCGUGCCCGCAGUCAGCGACUACCUGGCAGCAUUUAGCUCGCGACCUCGAAUAAUGCGGACACCUCCGCCCACCGCGAACCCGCAGGAGUCGCAGAGGGAUUAUCAGAGGGACUCUGUGCUGCCUCCCAUUGACUGACGGCCACAGCUGGGGGACCCAAGCCGUCAUCAGCCUCACAGGGACCCCCAGAGGAGCACGCAGGGCGCAGCGCUGCCUCGUAUUAACUAACGCUGUCCAGAGUCGUGCGGUGUUGGACUUUAUCAGUGACCUACGGGCUCCGUGAUCUGGAGUUGGUGUUUUCUGAUGAUAACGAGUGCCUUGAACAUUGUAAUCAAAAUGUAGCGCUAUGCCAUGGAUGUGCGUUAUGUUUGCCGAAGAUUUGCUGGUGAAAUGUCGAUUUGUUGGCGUACUUCAAGAUAUUUCGCUGUAUUAGAUGUGCUCAGUACGCUCUUCGCAAGGCUCAUGCUCAGAGUUAAAGCUUGCUUUUGUAAGCAGCGAUGUGUUUAUCUUCAAAAUCGUGUGAUAAUUUCAAUGCGAUAGUGAUGUUGAAUUAUGCUAGAUGUCCAAUGAAUGUGAUAUUUGAAAAUGGAACAUAUCAUUGAUGUGACCUGACACGUUUUACUUGCAGGGUGACGAUGAACAUGUACUUUGUGUGGUGCCUGCGUGCAUUAAAACGUUACCAGUGCAGACGCAGUCAUGCCGUUUUGGUUGGUGGUCAGUGGUCACCUCAAUGUCUGCUGGGUCGUUCCUGGGCUUGUUGAAAAUUAUUUUGCAUGGAUCAUAUACGGUGCAUAUGCGGUGUACGUUAGCCUCUUACAUCUCUGCAGCUUGAGAAACAGACCUGCCCAGACAAACUUACGAUGCCAAUUGCAGCAGACUGCAAUGCAUGCAAGGGUAGGGUUUCAUGAGCCUUGUAACUUGUCUGUUCGGUCAGUAAAACACAAGGUCACCUCAGAGACA